CAGCUGCCUCAUGCCUGCCGGAGUGCAUUCACUCGACAGCACGACCAGCGUCACGAAGUAAACAAGUUUUUCUUUCGAGGCUACGUAAGCAACUUUACGGAAAAGAAAUCCAUAUUUGAGUAAUAACUGGUAAAAAUUUGUGAAAAUUGUGUUCAGAAAUAUAACAACGCAUAAACUGACGUGAAUUUUAAUUCAGAAUAUUUAAUAGAGCAAGUGCGAAGGUUAAGUUUCAUCAUAAUGGACGCAACGAUGGAGAAUAAAAUGGGUUUACCACCACCAUACGAACAAAUGCCGCCGAAUCCAGCACCACCACCGUCAUAUUUUGGGAACAACCCUCCACAGCCCGUGGCACAUCCCCGUACCGUCGUCGUCACUCCCGGCUCAGAGAACAGAGCAGCGUCCAACGUUCCCACAAAAAUGGGCCCCGGCCCCACAGGCACUUCAUGUCCCACUUGUAACAAAUCCAUUGUAACAAGAGUCGAUUAUGUGCCAAACAAUCGAACACACAUCGUGUCCGCUGCACUGUGCGUUCUAGCUGGAUGUUGUUGCGGCUGCUUCGUUCCAUACUGUAUGAAAUCGUGCAAGACUGCAAAUCACUAUUGUCCUCAGUGUAAAGCCUUCAUAGGUUCCUAUCUUCCCUCUUAAUUAAUAAAUUAUUGCCUCAAAUAUGUGUAAGAUGUCCGCGGAUAUUUUAUCGACUCUUUAAUUUUAAAUAGAUAAGAAAAUAGAUAAGAAACUGUCUCAUUAAAAUACAAAAUUAAUAGCUAUAAUUAUGUACUAUGGAAUAUGUGUAUUUAUAGGACAUUCAGGUACGUAGCCGUAAAUGUAUAAAAAAAAACUUUUAAUAGGUAUGUCUAAUUGUCUACAUAGUACACUCUUUAAUUUUACUUUUUAAUUCCAUAACGUAUCUGUAAAUUUAUUGAAAAUAAUAUUUUAUGAAUGGAUUAAAUACUUAUUAAUUAUAA